AUGGGGGCGGUGGGCGUAGGGUUGGUGGACUGUCACUGCCACCUCUCGGCCCCGGACUUUGACAGCGAUCUGGAUGAUGUUUUGGAGAAAGCCAAGAAAGCCAAUGUUAUGGCUCUUGUGGUGGUUGCUGAACAUUCAGAAGAAUUUGAGAAGAUUAUGCAGCUUUCAGAAAGGUAUAAGGGGUUUGUCCUGCCAUGUUUGGGUGUUCACCCUGUGCAAGGAGUUUCACCAGAAGACCAAAGAAGUGUCACAUUAAAGGAUUUGGAUGUAGCUUUGCCCAUUAUGGAGAAUUACAAGGAUCGAUUAUUGGCAAUUGGAGAGGUGGGACUAGAUUUCUCCCCCAGAUUUGCUGGCACUGAUGGACAGAAGGAAGAGCAGCGACAAGUCCUAAUCCGACAGGUCCAAUUAGCCAAAAGAUUAAAUUUGCCUCUAAAUGUUCACUCACGCUCAGCUGGAAGACCCACCAUCAGCCUCUUAAAUGAGCAAGGUGCUGACAAAGUGCUUCUGCAUGCAUUUGAUGGCCGGCCAUCUGUAGCCAUGGAAGGAGUAAGAGCUGGGUACUUCUUCUCAAUUCCUCCUUCUAUCAUAAGAAGUGGACAGGUGCUCUGUCUUUUCUCCAAGAAGCAGAAACUUGUGAAACAGUUGCCUUUAACUUCAAUUUGCUUAGAAACAGAUUCACCUGCACUAGGACCAGAAAAACAGGUACGAAAUGAACCCCAAAACAUUUCCAUUUCAGCAGAAUAUAUUGCCCAGGUGAAGGGGAUCUCAGUGGAAGAAGUUAUAGAAGUGACAACACAGAAUGCAUUGAAACUAUUCCCCAAGCUUCGGCAGCUGCUCCAGAAGUAG